CCGCGACUCUUGACGCGCCCCUUUGGCGGCGCGAUGCGGUAUGUACUACGCUGGUCGACACUGGCUCAGCUUGCAAUGCAAUCGAUCCAGGGUAUAUGUCUUUUCCUUCGGGCCCUCGUGCCCACUUCACGUCGGUGCUGCUCCAGUUGACGUAUCGAGCACAGGCCAGCGUCUGUCGCUGGAUAGAGCCUGUUGCUCUGCUUCUAGUCAGCUGGAGGGGUGCAGUCACUCUAGUCGCACAUACGCCGUGGUUUGAAACCUGCCUUGGCCUUCAGCGCAAACGCAUAGAGUGUGGUGAGAUAAUAUCCUUGUGCGCUAUCCGGCGUGACAUAGCGGUUCGGUGGUGUAUCCAACUGAUUAGCGUCGUGACUAGGACCGCACGCCGUAUAUGAGGAAGUGUACCAGCCGCUUGGUUCUGAUCGGGUUGGAUUCAUUCCGAGUUAUACCGAGUUUUUGACACCCUAUUCGAAACGCCGUGCGUCAUCAGCACAUUCCCAAGCAUCCGAGACCGAUGGCGUUUAUGCUUCACCCACACUCGAUGAGCGUGUGGUUCGCUACU